UGCCUCGUGACGUCAGGUGAAUGUUCUUAAAAUUAAUGUUAAUCGGUGACACUGACCGGCAAAUUGACAACAUCACAGAUGUUGCAUACAUCUGCAGUAUUAACGCUACGAAAAGCGUUAGUAUAUAAGGAGAUGCUGCCUGAAUGCCAGUGCUAUUAACUGAUAUCCCAUUCAGAGUCUGCUUAGCAAAACGCUCUGCUGGCCACCCUUUUCCCAUCGUCUCUGAGUUCACUUGUGAACGAUGAAGACAACCUCUGCUAUCAUCACGCUGUGGGUCAUCGUCACGCUGCUUCCCCAUAACAGCGCAGUGCAGUCUGGUAACCACACCGUCGAAUCUGGGAUCAACGCAACCAACGCUCGCAACCGCACAAUCAACACUCAAAACGGCACAGUCAACGGUGAAAACGGCCCCAUCAACACUGCAAACCGCACAAUCAACGGUGCAAACGGCCCCAACAACACUGCAAUUCGUACAACCAGCGCUGCAAACGGCACCAUCGGAUCUGGGAAUGCCACCGACCUGAAGCCUGAGCAAACCCGCAUUUUCUAUGGAGAUAUCAUCCAGCAGAUGCUUAUGCGUCGAUGUCCCGAUCCACUGCAAAUUUAUGACUGCAAAGAGUGUGAGAAACAUUGCGGAAAUCUCAACCCCUCGCCGUAUUGCGGUUACGGCUGUCAAUUAACAUCAACAUGCAUCUGCAAACCAGGUACAUAUCGUACAUUCCGGGAAUCACCGAAAUGCGCGCCUCCGGAUGGGCCCAUCAUCAACAACUGCAAGCUGCCACCCAACGUUUAUAAAGGUUAAUGUAGGCAGGGCCAGAUGGGCGAGGCGAUGCCAUGUCUUGCGAUCAUUUGAAGUAUACCGCAUACGCUGACUAUCGCUUAAUUUCUCUGACGAGCGUUGCGUGAUCCCUGAUAUUGUCUGGUUGCUUUUGAUUAGAUAUGGUUCUGCUAAUGUCAUGAAAUGCGCACUUAUACAGUUAUACAUGACCGGUUGUCAGACUAAAAUAAACAACGAUGAAUUUAAACGAAGAACGAAGAACUCUUAGAAUAUAA